AUGUUAACAUCGCAACAAGAUUUAUCAAAACUCAAGCCAAUAAAUUCUCGACAAACUGCUUGCUCAGUGAAUUGUAUAAUUAUGAGGAUUGUUGAUGUUUUGAAUGAAUUUGGCGAGAAUGCGGAGACGACUCUGCGGAAAGCGGAAAGAAAUUUGCGAGACGCGGAAAUCAAAUUGAGAUUGCUGGAAAAGAAAUUGCAAAGCGUGAAGCUGGAAGAUGAGAAUGAGGUGAUAGCGACAACUUCGAAAGAAAUUGAAAAUAAUGAUGAACUUGUUGAACAGGAAAAACCCGUGGAAGUUCAAGAGGUGAGGAUUUUUUUUUUAAUUUUCAAUUCGCAGAACUAACUGUUUUAGUUCACAAAAACGAAAAAUUCUGUCAUGAAAAAUUAGUUUUUCAAUUAGAAAAGAAAAUUUUGUAUAAAAAAUUCCCAUAGUUUUCUAUAAUUUUAGAAAUGACCAAAAAUGAUAUACUCACAUUUUCAAACCAUUUUUAUAUUCAGAAAUGCUUAAAGCUGUUCACCUGAUUACACUUUAACAAUUUAUAACGUGCUCUAGAAACAGGAAAAAAAAAAUGUUUUUAUUAAAAAUUUUUAAUCUAUAUUUUGGUCAAUUCAGGCUUUGAACUGUAAGCUUCACAAUUUUCCAAGCUCAAAAAUGUUCUUUUUUCAGCCAUCUUCCUCAAUUUCUCCACCCGAACCAUCUGAAUCUUCUUCUCCUUCUCCAAAAAUUGGUGAAAUUCUAAAUCGCGAUGAUCCUCGUUAUGCAAAAUAUUUCAAAAUGCUGAAAAUGGGGGUUGUCGAACAGGCUGUAAUUCUGAAAAUGCGAGCUGAAAAUGUGGAUCCGACAAUUCUCCAAAAACCUGAUGAAGUUUCGACGAAUCCAGUGGAAAAACAAGAUUCAGAUUCGGAAUUUUCAUCAUUUUCUGAUUCAGAUUAG